AAGCGGGCUAAUUCACCUACUUCUGGCCGCAAACACAGAUGUAAUCGUUUGUUUCGAGAGCAGGGGGAGUUGCAGUGGGGCACAUAAGCAACGAACAUGUUCUUGUGCAAACAAGUCAUUUCUUUCGCUGCGUGUUUCACUUUCGUUUCGUGCCGCGCUGCCUCCGAGCCAGAGGAGGUAUCAGCGUCCAGCGAUGCUGUAAGUUCUCGGGCGGCCGAAGCGCAGGGGAGUCCGCCAGCCCCUGCCGCAGCGGCGGCUCCAGUUGCCGUGGCGGCUCCGGUUCUUGCAGCACCUGCAGCAGUGGCAGCAGUAGUGCCCACGGCCGGCACUCCAGCUCUCGCGCAGCCUGCGGCAGUACAACUCCCAGCUUCGAACAAUGCCGCUGCAGCUGCGGUACAGCCUGUAGCUGUGACACCAGCAGCAGCACCAGCCGCGCCGGCUCCGGUUAGCGCCGUCCCCGCUGCUCCAGUGCCACCAUCCCCAGCUGCACCGGUCGUGCCAGCGCCCCUGCCCGCUGCUGCAACGGGAACGAAUGUGGAACCCGCACCAGCGGCACCAGCGCCUGCUGCAGUUGCCGCACCCGUAGCACCAGCGAUUCCCCCACCAGCGGUUCCCGCAGGAGCCUCUGCUGCGCCAGCCGCUGCUGUACCCGGAGGAGGUGUUGGUGUACCUGCUGUGGCGUCUGUUGUACCUGCCGUAGCGGUUUCAGUUGCAGCCCCUGUAGCUCCACUGCCGCCACCAGUUGUAGCCGCGACGGAGCCGGUGCCGGCAGCUGCUGCAACGCCAGCGAAAGAGCCAGUCGCCGUCACAGCUUCGGUGGCCGCGACAGCGACACCGGCGGGGGCGGCAGCGCAGCCUCCAUUGCCGGCGGUUAGUGUUGCGCCCCCUGUGGCAAGCAUUGCUCCAGCAGCCCCUUCAGCAGCUGCAGCGACCGUCACUAGCCCACCCGUUCUUGCACCAACACCAACACAAGCAGCUCCUGUGCUGGCUACGACAGCUACAACACCAGCGGCUCCAACAGUUCCGCAGCCCGUCGUAGGAGCAACUCCAAAAGCAGCUCCUGCCGCCAGACCACCCUCGAAUGGCGAGCCUGUGGUUCCUUUCGCCACUUACGCGCCGUUGGAGAGUGGCGGAAAAAGUGUCACGACAGCAGCACCAGCAGUGGAAGAAAUAAAGACGAAAGCCGCGAUAGCAACGGCUGCGCCGACACCUAAACCAGCCGCCGAUACGCAACCAGGACUAGCAGCGGCCGAGGUAGCAGCUAAGCCGGUUGCGAAAGCCACUCCAGUUGAAGCAAGUUCGCCCGCGACCGCAACUCCUGCCGCGCCACCACAAGCGAUCCCAGCUGCAGCUAGCGCGCCAGCUCUUGCCGCUGCUGCAACUACUGCACAAAAUUCCGGUGGAGUUGUAGUAACUGCCCCCGGCAUUGCUGGAGCAGGCAGGCCUGCUGCGGUGGUCCCCGAAACAGCAGCGGCUUCUGUCGUCUCGCAAGCGAAAACCACGGCACCAACGGGACAACAACUCCCGGCACCCUCAGGAACCGCCGCGCCGCCUGUCGCGCCACCACCCGCGGGUCCGAAAGCUGGUUCAACUGCGGUAGCAUCGCCAAAAGCUGCUCCUCCGCCGCCACCCGUAGAAAAUUACAACAACGCGGCUGCAGCAACGUCCGUGGCGUCCAGUGAAUCUAAGCCGGCUCCUUCCGCAACCGUCGCGCCACCUGUGGUCUCUAGCGCAGCUACAAUGGGACCACCGCCUGCUACGCCGGCGGCGGUGACCACUACAGGAGGCGCAAGUGCAGCAACGGCGCCGAGCACCUCUAGCGCAAAAGCAACGGGGAAGGAGCCGGCGGCCGCAGCGGUCGAUGCGGCAAGGGAGUCGGACGAAGACAUCGAAACGGAAAUGAUUUCUGCCCUGCUGGCCGGGAAAAACGCGCUGCAGACGGGUGGGAAAGGUAUGUAUGGGUUGAACUUGAUGUGUUGGAGGAGAAAUUGUAAUUGGUAUUUGGCAUGCUUUGAUAAUGGCCGCAAUGUGGGGCGCAUGAGAAUAGAGAAUGCCAACUUCUAUCGCUACAGAUACUAAGUGCCUUUUUUAUCAAUUGCCACACAGCGGCGGCAGUUGGUGCAAAGGCAACAACUACAGCGCCGAAAGCAAAAGAAGUUCCGGCGAUAUCGCCGUCCGCUGCGGAUGACUUUUACGGCGACGCAGGAUCAGUCCCUGCCGUGACUUACGUGACAAAAGCGCCAGCCUCUUCUACUGCAGAGGGUAUAAAUACUGGUAGACCACCUACUGCUGGUGCAGGUGGAGUAACAUCAAACGCUGGUUCCAGUACAACAAAAGCAUCGUCGUUACCUGCUGCAAAACCUCCAGCCACGGGUGCAGGAGUGCCUGCGCCGAAUAGUAAACCUUCCGUAGCUCCUGCUCCUGCGGUGCAACCGGCCCCGUCCCCGUGGGACGACGACGGCUACUACGACGAUGAGCCGCUGCCUUCCUCGACGGCCAAGGACAAACCGAAAUCAGAUGCGUUUUUGGGCCCCAGUCCGGCGAAAAAGCCUGGUAUGAUAGUGCUCUAAACGCCUGAUGUUGCUCAGUGUUUUGCAUGUACUUGUUACUGUGAUGUUUGUGUGCAAGUGUAUAGUAGAGUUCUCCACUUCAACUUGUCGCUCUGUCAGCAUGAUUCCUCACUGUUUUCUUAGCAUUACAUAAAGUAUUGACACACCCCCAGAAGUACCAGUGCCAGCACCGAAGAAGGACACAGCGUCCUCUGCGGUCCCCGCCCCGGUAACGCAACAGCCGUUCGAGCCAGAAUCAAAAUCGAGCGGGGCGGAACUGGCCAAGGCGGCGCGCGGGGAGCUCACGCAGCUGAGCCAGUACGGCAAAGAAGCGGAGACCGGACUGCUGUCCGGGAAUAUGUGGGUGAAGACGAUUUUCGUUUUGCUGCAACUCAUCAUCGUGUACCACGUGUGCAGACUGCUCUGCUGCCCGGGUGGGGCGAAGAACGACACCCUGACUUACCUCGCCACCAGUCUCGGAAUGCCCGCCAUCGGCCCCAGAACGAGCGACACCAUCGUAUCGAAGCCGCCGGCGCCCGGCAAAGUGGGACAGGGUCGGACUGGGGUCAGGAGUGAAGGGUCAACGACAGCCGGGGCGGGAGGUGCAGCCAUUUCUACUACUUAGAGUCAUUCUCGUAUACAGUCAACUGCAUUUAUUCUCGUGAAUGAUUUAGACGAAGGUGUUGAGGUAUAUGCUGCGUGAUGAUAAAUAGAUGGUACGAAACGCUCUACGUGUAGUCCCACUGCGGAAUUUCAUUUGACAACUUCACUCUACAAAAAAAGGCGUCCUGAAGCAGCAAACGCAGACCAUGAUCGCAAAACCACCGAAGCUCGAAACCAUGGGCACCACAAAGAAACCGGAAAGCGCCGGGAUUCUGGGAAAAUCCAAAGGCGGCAGCUUCGACCGGUUCGAUGACGAGGACAUUGAGGAUGCGUGGGCAAAAAUGAAAUCCGAAAUGGGCGCAAACGGAGACGACAAUGGCUGGGCCGCUUUCGACGACUAGUGCAGUGAUCCUUUUCAUCUUGCGGUGUACAUUCUUGCGCGACCUCCACCUGCUUCAUUUCUUGGAAGACAAUGAGUCUUGAUUAGUACUGAAUUGAUUGGGGACUGAGACUGACGAGGGAACGAGCCGUAAUAAUUUUCAAAUGCACCUGCAACGCAUCUUCAACGAAUACAUCGCACCUUCAGUGGUUGGGCCACCGGGUAAUUCUUCUAUGUGUUUCUUCAAUACUACAUAUGAAGUUCCUUCGCAGAAGAUCCUGUUGUUGUUUUCACGGUCGUUUUUUCACCCUCUUUCCUGCUGACUCCUACACGCAAACCUAAAAAGUGACUUAUUGCUACUGCCCAUAGAGCAAAAAUAUUGAAGCCUCG